AUGGAGGACGGAGGCUUGUCCGAGGAGGCGGUGGGCGCCGCCUGCAAAGAGGGGGACGCCAUCACCAAGGACUACAUGAUGCAGCAGACGAUGCUGAGGGUCAAGGAUCCGCUCCGGUCUCUGGACUUCUACACCCGGAUCCUCGGGAUGACGUUCCUGCAGAAGAUCGACUUCCCCUCCAUGCGCUUCACGCUCUACUUCCUGGGCUACGAGGACAAGCAGGACAUCCCCCCCGACCUGCGGGAGAGGACGGCGUGGACAUUCUCCCGCCGAGGGACCGUGGAGCUCACGCAUAACUGGGGAUCGGAGGCGGAGCCAAAACUGUCGUAUCACAACGGGAACAAGAAGCCCAUAGGGUUUGGACAUAUCGGUAUCUGUGUCCCUGAUGUCUCUGCAGCCUGUAAACUGUUUGAGGAUCAACGUGUCAAGUUUGUGAAGAAACCAGAGUCCGGCAAGGUGAAGGACUUGGCCUUCAUUCAGGACCCGGACGGAUACUGGAUCGAGAUCUUCAGUGCGAAGAACAUGGUCGUCCUGAUGUCCUCGUGAAGAAGAGACACAGGAAGUCCUGAUGUCCUCGUGAAGAAGAGACACAGGAAGUGACUCGGGACAUUUAUUAUCAUAACACAUCAUGAAUUCAAUA